CUGAACACAACACUUCAUCCAUCAAUCAAAAGAUCCGCAUAUGGUCACAUUACAGGCAGUAACAUGUUUGUAAAUUCAAACACGUUAGAGGGAAGUAACGAGCGUGGAAGUUCUAGUGGGCUAUAUCACUUUAAGAGUUUUAUUGAUAAUUUGUAUUGCCACGUCAUCAGUGUGUUUCACCCACGUCUGAUUGAACUAGGGCGCAAGUAUUUCUUUUAUGUUUCAAUCAUAAUAGUUAGAGCGAGCAUAUCUCUCUCUUCUGAAUGGAAAACAAUAUUACUGUGCUCCACGUGGUAUACUAUCAGUGCAAUCGGCAGUAUUGUUAAUAAAGUGUUCUUACAAAAUUUCCCAUUCCCCUUAACUUUGUCCUUAUGCCAUCUUCUAUGUGUCCCCUUUCUGGCAUAUCCAUUCUUAAAGUAUUGGAAAAUAGAGAAAACUCACUUAUCAAAAAUUGAGUUUCGACAUCUUCUUUUGCCAUUAUCGAUAGGCAAAGCGUUAGCUGUUGGCAGUGCGUAUUGUGGUCUUUUGGAAGUUCCGAUAUCUUAUUCACAAGCUGUCAAAGCUUCCAUGCCUUUCUUCGCAGUUCUCCUAAGCAGAAUAAUCCUCAAGGAGAAACAGUCAUACUUGGUCUAUCUGUCAUUGUUCCCAAUUGUCUUAGGUGUAAUCAUAGCAUCUAUCACGGAAAUAUCUUUCUCUUUGAAAGGUUUAUUAUUUGCUUUGUUUUCCACUUUUACUUAUGCCAUACUCAGUAUAGUAAUGAAAAAGCUCAUGAAAUGUACCGGUAUUCACCCUUUGUAUUUGCUGGUUUUGAAUUCGGAACUGUCGGCCGUUUGUCUUAUGCCAUUUUGGUUUGUUAGUGACGGAAUUCCUUUCUGGAGUGGAAGCUCUGAAAUCGGGUAUGAUCGUGCCGCCUAUGAGAUGUACUUCUUGCUUAUGUGUUCCGCAUCUCUAGCCUUCAUGCAAAACGUAUGUGCGUUCCAAUUGAUCCAUCGGCUAUCAGCAUUAUCGUACUCGGUUUGUAACGCAACAAAGAGAAUAACUGUAAUAUUCUCUUCGUUAGCCACUCUACACAAUCCGGUUACAAGCUUUAAUAUUUUUGGAGUGUCGUUAUCAGUCAUAGGAGUGCUUUGUUACAAUAAAGCUAAGCAAGUAGAAUCCGUUCACCCACCAUAUUUUUCAUAG